GGGGAACCGUGGCGGACCGAGGAGCAGCGGGUUAUCCCUCUGUUACUGGCUCUUACUUAGAGACGCCACUCCGGCCUGCGGCAGCCCCCGGAUCACCCCCCGGCCCUCCAUCCCCGGUCUGCUCCAGCAUUCAGGCCCAGCCUGUGCCGCAGGGAAGAUGGCCAUGGAUACGCGGUUCACCAGGGGCAAGUCAGCCAUCUUGGAGCGAUCGCUCACUCGCCCCAAGUCUGAGGUCAGCCUGAGUGCCUUUGCUCUGCUGUUCUCUGAGAUCGUGCAAUACUGUCAGAACCGCGUCUACUCUGUAUCAGAACUGCAGAACAAGCUGUCGGAGCUGGGCCAGCAGGUGGGGGCACGGAUCUUGGACGUGCUGGUAAUGCGAGAAAAGAACGGCAAGCGUGAGACCAAGGUCAUCAACGUGCUGCUCUUUAUCAAGGUCAGUGUGUGGAAGGCCCUGUUCGGCAAGGAGGCAGACAAGUUGGAGCAAGCCAAUGAUGACGACAAGACCUAUUACAUCAUCGAGAAAGAACCACUCAUCAAUGCAUACAUCUCAGUGCCCAAGGAGAACAGCACACUCAACUGUGCCUCCUUCACGGCAGGCAUUGUAGAGGCCAUCCUCUCUUAUAGUGGCUUCCCUGCCAAGGUGACAGCCCACUGGCACAAGGGCACCACCCUUAUGAUCAAGUUUGACGAGUCUGUCAUUGCUCGUGACAAGACUUUGGAUGGACGAUAAGGUGUGCAGUUUAUGCCCGUCACUCAAACACGCCUGGGUGCACUCCCUCUAUCGCAUUUCUCACUGACCUUCUACCCUAAGAUGUCAAGACUGUAACUACGUGCAGUGUUAAGAUAAAUUUGUCUCCAUCUGCCUUCCUGUUUCAAAUUGUGGACCAUUGACCAUUCCAAGUGUGAAUGUUUUUCUGUUAACUGUAUCCCUAAUUCUGCCUGUACCAGUCUUCUGGUGUUCUGGGACUUUAUUGCUUUAGGAAAUCUAAAUAAGGAUGGAUUCUUUCACAUCUGGUAUUAAUUAUCUGUUGUGUGUGGAAAUUAGAAUUGCAUAUAAAACAUUUACAAAACCCCA